AUGGGGCCAUGUUCCAGUGUUAAAGACAGGACUAGCUAUAGUAUGAUUACUGAUGCAGAGGAGAAGGGGCUCAUUACGCCUGGAAAGAGUGUCCUCAUUGAGGCAACGAGCGGUAACGCAGGAAUCAGAUUGUCCUUCCUAGCAACAAUCCUGCAAAAGGGAAUGAAAGGGGAAGUUCAGAAAGAGGAAGAGAUAUUGGCCAAUACUCCAAAUAUAUAUAUCCUUCAACAAUUUGACAACCUUGUGAAUCCAAAGACGAAGGAACGGAGGCUGAUGGAAGAGGAAGAUGACGGAGUUCACUCGUGCGGCGCUAUUAUGAAGGAAGAAGAAGCUGGAAUCAGUAUCGCACCGUCAGUGAAGCUUCAGGGAAGAAGAAGACAGCUUCAUGUGGAACUGGGAACAUCACAAACCCUCAUCAAGCCUAUCUCCUCAAUACGCCACCAUUUGCCCUUCUUUUCUAAUUGA